AUGGCGCAACCUCCUCGACCCAUCCCGACCUUUGACCCUCUGCUGGGGGUCUCAGACCCUGAAGGCCAUCCCAUCAUCCCAAGGCUGGUGUCAUGCGCUUCAGCCAUUUUCUGCCCUAUCGGCGAAGACGACAGACUCAAGGAUCCUCUCAGCUCUUCCUCACUCACCAAGCUUGACUGCCUGCAGAAACAGCUGGAUGCUCUGAAUACUCACUCGGUCAAAGACCGAGAGAAUUUCCUCGCCCUCGCUGUUCGCGAGCGUGAACGCAUCUUCCAGGAAGGGCGCCGCUUUCAAGCCCUUGAAGAGCUGCAAGGCGGCCAGGUAAAGCCAGACGUGCCGCUCGGCCUUACAUCCCAGGAACUCGGCAUCAUGGUCGCAAACAUGGAGGCCCCAGCAAGGCCGGGUAUCCCAAACACAGAGAAGAUCCCACCACCAAACCUUGACUCUUCUAAUGCUCGAUCAUUGCGUGAGCGCCAAGCUUACGAGCAGAUGCGUAGUGUGGCUCAUUUCUCGCAGAUGGCCGCGCAUCGUGAGGCUGAAAUCAACCGUCGCCGCGAGUCCCUCGAGGCAGAUAUCAAAAAGGAGCAGCUUAGACAAGACCAGGAGCGUCGAGUCAACUAG